AUGGCGGCGGUGGCGGAGUGCGAGUCGGAGUGGAGCGGCUUCUUCUCGAACUGCGUCCCGCCGCCUAAUGCGGAGAGCUCGGCCAAGGCUAUGGCCGAGUUCGCGGUGCGGCACGCCGCCCAAGGCCGCAGGGUGGUGCUGGUGACCUCGGGCGGCACCAAGGUACCGCUGGAGUCGCGGACCGUCCGCUUCUUGGACAAUUUCAGCAGCGGCUGGCGCGGCGCCGUGUCUGCCGAGUACUUCCUCGGCCUGGGCUACGCCGUGGUUUUCCUGCAUCGUCAGCGCUCCCUCUACCCCUUCUCCCGGCGUUACUCCGGCCUCAACAUGCUGGACGCGCUGAAGGCCGUGCUGGACGUCGGAACCACCUGCUGGCGGGUGGAAGCCGACCAGGCAGUACUGCCCAACAUCUUGCCGGUGCUGCAGCGCUAUGUGGCCGUGCGAGAGGCUGGCCUGCUCCUCCCCGUGGAGUUCAGCACCUUAUCCGACUAUCUGUACCUGCUGAGGGCGGCGGCUCAGGCGCUCAACCCCAUCGGACCAAAAGCCAUGUUCUACCUCGCAGCAGCUGUGUCAGAUUUUUUCAUUCCUGCCUCUGAGAUGCCAGAACACAAAAUCCAGUCAGGUGCUAGCCCUCUGCAGCUAACUAUGCAAAUGGUUCCCAAGAUGCUUACCCCUCUCGUUAAGGACUGGGCUCCUCAGGCAUUUGUCACAUCUUUCAAGUUGGAGACUGAUCCUUCACAGCUGGUUGCACGAGCACGUAAAGCUUUAGAAACUUACAGACAUCAGGUUGUGGUUGCCAACGUCCUUGAAACGCGAAGGGUGUUUGUUGUCAUAGUAACUGCCGACUCUCAAACUGACCUGGCACUUUCAGAAAAUGAAGUGAAGCAACACCAUGAAAUCGAAGAGAAGAUCGUGAAACACUUGAGUGAAUGCCACACUAAUUUUAUAGAGAAAAGCAAUAAUCGUGAAUAGAUAUUUUCCAUGAUGCAAGAUGAGUUGGGGAAUAAUUGGACGAUAAUGAAAUGAGUUGUUAAAAUGUUACUUUUUUUAAUAAAGAAAACUUGGCAUAAGUGAAUAAAGCCAGCUGGAAGAUCUGGCAUUAUGCUUGAUAAAGGUUUUCAAAAACAAGCACUAAUGGAUGUAGUUUGGGCUAAAAAUAAAACUUAGCUUUUUGACUGCAUUAAAAUUUCCUCCAUGAACUGAUAAAAGGCACCACAGAGCACCAUGUGUUAUUUUAUGCCUGGAAUGGGAAAUGCAGAACUUUUCUGUAACUGUCAAAGGCACAUAACUGCAGCAUGAUCGGUGAUUGCACUUGGCAUGGUGUGAUCACUGUUUAGUGUGUGUGUAACUUUUGACUUAGUUUCUGGUGCAGGUGGUUGAAGGACUCAAUAAUUGCAGCUAUAUUACUGGAAUAGGACAAAACAAUUCUUAUCAAUAUAACUAGGUCAGAUUUUUGUAGCAGAAAUCUUGAGAUAUAGCUUUCACAGAUAUGACCAGAAAAAGUUGUAGGGAUCUCUUGAUCCCAAGCUGAAAUAAAAUUCAAUGAUGUAUACUAA